AUGGUGUGUGGCGGAAUGGAGCCCGACCACCACCAUAUCAACGGCGACCUCGCCCAUGGCUUUGAAAAUAUGGUAUGCGUGCGAUGCCGUGAUGGAUUCUCGAUGCAAGACCAGAUGGUGAACUCGUCCGGAGAAGUCUGGCAUUCUGACUGUUUUGUAUGCGCUCAGUGUUUCGAACCAUUCCCCGACGGCAUCUAUUUCGAAUACGAGGGACGGAAGUACUGCGAGCACGAUUUUCAUGUGCUCUUCUCGCCAUGUUGUGGAAAAUGCAAUGAGUUCAUUGUUGGACGAGUGAUCAAAGCGAUGAAUGCCAGCUGGCAUCCGGCAUGCUUCUGCUGUGAGCUUUGCAAUAAACAGUUGGCAGACGUUGGGUUCUUGCGAAAUGCCGGAAGAGCUCUUUGCCGAGAAUGUAACGAACGCGAGAAAGCUGCAGGACACGGACGAUACGUGUGCCACAAAUGCCACGCUAUGAUCGAUGAUGGACAGCACAUCAAAUUCCGCGGAGACUCAUUCCAUCCAUAUCAUUUCAAGUGCAAGCGUUGCAAUGUCGAACUUACUACCGCAUCCCGCGAAGUGAACGGAGAGCUCUACUGUCUCAGAUGCCACGACACCAUGGGUAUCCCGAUUUGCGGAGCUUGCCACAGACCGAUUGAGGAGCGUGUUAUUGCUGCUCUUGGAAAGCACUGGCACGUCGAGCACUUUGUCUGCUCGGUGUGUGAAAAGCCUUUCUUGGGACACCGUCACUACGAGAGAAAAGGACUCGCCUACUGUGAACAGCAUUUCCAUAAGCUCUACGGAAAUCUUUGCUUCCGAUGCGGCGACCCAUGUUGCGGAGAAGUGUUCCAAGCUCUUCAAAAAACGUGGUGUGUCAAAUGCUUUGCUUGCAGUUUCUGUGAUAAGAAACUCGAUCAGAAAACGAAAUUCUAUGAAUUCGAUAUGAAGCCAACGUGCAAACGAUGCUACGACCGUUUCCCAACUGAACUCAAGAAGCGUAUCUCAGAAAGUUUGAAGGAUCGUGAUGUGGAGAAUCAAAGAAGAUCGAUGAGUCCUGCACCAAAGUAA